AUGGGUCGAUUAACCGCAUUGAUAUCUUCACUUCUUCUUGUAGUUCCAUUGGUUUUGGGUGGAGAGUACGACUUUACCGUAGAAGUCCCUGCUGGAAAAUUUCAGUGCUUCUUCCAACCCGUAGAUCUCACCAAGCACAAGACACUGGAAGUUGAUUAUCAGGUUAUUGAUGGCGGAGAUCUGAAUAUCAACUUCAUGAUUCUUCAUGGUGCUAACAUACUGAAACAAGAUCAAUUGAAAGUCGAUGGAUCUCAUAGAAUAGAACUGAAUCAACCAGGAGACUAUCAAGUAUGCUUCGACAACUCAUUCAGUUAUCAAUCAAGAAAAGUGGUUUUCUUUGAAAUUUUCUUGUUUGAUGCCCACGGAAACUUAGACGAAGCGGAUCUGUCGGCUAUGGCUAGAACGGAUGCUGAUCUUUCUUCAAAAAUGAAUGAACUUGGCGUAACAAUCGAUGAAUUUCAUCGUCGAGCCAACGGAAUCAAGAACAAUCUGAAUAAAGUUGAAUAUCAUCAAGCUCUUCUUCGAGCACAUGAAGCUCGUGAUCGUGCUGUGAUGAGUGCUAACUUCGAUCGAGUGACAUUCUGGAGUGUGGUUCACACUCUUGUCAUGGUUGGUGUUGCUGGUGUUCAAGUAUUCAUGAUUCGUUCACUCUUCGAAGAAAAUUCCAAGAUUGGAAAAGUUCUGCGUAAAGGAAAGUUUGAUUAG